AAUAACAAUACUGAAGCAAAUCUCAAGAUGACUUCCAUGAAAAAAGAGAACCUUCGUGAGCCUGAUGUGAAAAAACUUGAGAAUAUUUGUCAGCAAAAAUAUUCAAAAAUAUCUGUGGAAGUUGGUGCAAAGAAUGUAAAUUUGCCUCAGACAGGCAGCAUGUAUAACUGGGAGGCAGAGGACAAAGAUCCAGCCUUAGACAUGGAGCCUGUGAAGGGGAUGCAGUCUGGGGACCUCUUUAAAAAUGCCAACAUCGAUCAGAUGCACAAAGCUGGCAAGCAGGCCCAGAGAGGCUGUGAAGAAAGUGGUGACAGUUGGACUCAGAGGAAGUUAUCAUCAGGCCAGUCUUUGAAAAUGGGAAACACAAAACUUUCUUCAAAAGACACUGAGACAGAUGGACAAGUAACUUCAUGCAAUUCACAGGUGUUGAAGAGUUGCAAUUCUGUCUGCGUAACAGGUGAACAAGGAGAAGCGGAUGUAGUUCCAGAGAGUCCACUUUCAGAUGUUGGUUGUGAUACUUGUGUAUCUGAUCUUGGAGGUCCUGGGAAACUGAGGAAAUGUCAGAGCAGUUCAGGGGAUUCACCCGCUUUUGAGAAAGAGAGUGAACCAGAGUCACCCAUGGAUGUAGAUAAUUCUAAAAAUAGCUGUCAUGGGUCAGAGGCUGAUGAAGAAACAAGUCCCUUUCUUGAUGAGCGGGAGGACAUUAAUGUGUCAAAAUCCAUAAACAAACCGUUUGGAGUUCAAUAUGGGGAUGCUGAACUGGAGUCAAGAAAGUCAUGUUUUUCUAAGGGCUGUGCAAGCUUUGAAGAAAUAGAUAAUUCUGUUAAAGUGGAUGGUCUGCCUACAAAGGCACCUGGGAUCUGUCCUCCUGCAUCAUCAGAAUGCAAAGGUGUGAAACAGGGUGUGAAGAGAGACUCCAAAAUCACCUCGCACUUCAUGAGGAUACCUAAAAUUGAGGAGAAAAGGAAAGAAAAGUGUGAAUUCAAACCCCAGAGGCGGGGAAGGAAGAUCCCUAAAUAUGUGCCACCUCCUCUUCCAACUAAUAAGAAAUGGUUUGGGACACCGAUUGAAGAGAUGAGACGAAUGCCGGCGUGUGCGGCCCGCCUUCCCCAUCUGCGACCCUCAGCCAAUCACACAGUAACCGUCAGGGUAGAUCUUCUGAGGGAAGGAGAGGUGCCUAAGCCUUUUCCAACUCACUACAAAGAUCUGUGGGACAACAAACAUGUUAAAAUGCCCUGCUCAGAACAAAAUUUAUACCCUGUAGAGGAUGAGAAUGGAGAUAGAACUGCUGGAAGUCGAUGGGAACUAAUCCAAACUGUCUUGCUUAACAAAUUUACUUGCUCACAUGAUUUGAAGGAGGCUAUACUGAGAUACAACAUUGCUUAUUCCAAGAAAUGGGAUUUCACAGCUCUUACUGACUUCUGUGAGAAGGUUCUUGAAGACGCAGAGGCUCAACAUCUGUUCCAGUCCAUUCUUCCUGAUAUGGUCAAGUUGGCACUCUGUCUCCCUAGUAUCUGUACCCAGCCAAUACCUCUACUGAAACAAAAGAUGAAUCACUCCAUCACAAUGUCACAGGAGCAGAUUGCUAGUUUUCUGGCCAAUGCUUUCUUCUGUACUUUUCCACGUCGCAAUGCGAAGAUGAAGUCUGAAUAUUCUAGUUAUCCAGACAUUAACUUCAACAGAUUGUUUGAAGGACGGUCACCAAGGAAGCCUGAGAAACUUAAGACUCUUUUCUGCUAUUUUAGGAGAGUCACAGAAAAAAAACCUACAGGAUUGGUAACGUUUACGAGGCAGUGUCUCCAGGAGUUUCCAGACUGGGAAAGAUCUCAGAAAAAAUUGUCUAGACUGCAUGUCACCUAUGAAGGCACUAUCGAAAGCAAUGGACAAGGUAUGCUACAGGUUGACUUUGCAAACCGUUUUGUUGGAGGUGGUGUGACUGGGGCAGGACUAGUACAAGAAGAAAUCAGAUUUUUAAUCAACCCAGAACUGAUUGUAUCAAGGCUCAUCACUGAAGUCCUGGAUCACAAUGAAUGUCUUAUCAUCACAGGUACUGAGCAGUAUAGUGAGUAUACAGGCUAUGCAGAAACAUACCGGUGGGCAAGAAGCCAUGAAGAUAAGACCCCAAGGGAUGAGUGGCAGCGACGCUACACUGAAAUUGUUGCUAUAGAUGCAUUUCACUUCAGGCGUUUCCUUGAUCAGUUUGGUCCAGAGAAAAUUAGAAGAGAGCUCAACAAGGCCUUCUGUGGCUUCUCCCGACCCAAUGUCCCACCUCAACAUCUCUCUGCAAUAGCCACAGGAAACUGGGGAUGUGGUGCCUUUGGAGGGGACUCCCGAUUAAAAGCCUUAAUACAGAUAUUGGCAGCUGCUGAGGCUGGACGUGAUGUUGUUUAUUUUACCUUUGGAGAUGUGGAGCUGAUGCGGGACAUUUACAACAUGCACACUUUUCUCUGUGAGAAGGGCCAAACUGUUGGGGACAUUUAUAGGCUGUUACUGAGAUACUACAAUGAAGAAUGCAGAAGCUGUUCCACUUCAGGACCAGAUGUCAAGCUAUACUCUUUCAUAUACAAUGCCAUUGAGUCCUAUGCAGAUUCUACUGAUGAUGAUGAAGAAAAAGGGUUGUGCUUUGAGGAUUAAAAUUAUGUAUUUCAUCAGAAUAUUAUCCUUCC